AUGCGACGGCUGGACGCAUGCGAGGUCGCCUUCCUCUGCACCGCCACCGGCAGGUGCGUCCGCGUCCGCCUGCCGGAGCUCCGCGGCCACCGCAUCGUCGGCUUCACCGACGGCCUCCUCAUCCUGCUCAACAAGGGAACCACCGCCGUCCGCGUCCUGCAUCCCUUCACCCGCGUUGCCGUCGACCUCCCGCCCAUCGCCCCCAUCUUGGACUACAUGGUCAAGGACCAGCUGUCCCGCGCCUGGGUCAAGGGGACUCAUGUUUCAUGA